ACUUUGGAAGGGGUCAAUAUUACCCAAGUCACUUUUAAUCAUUUUUAAGUAUAGCUAACCGUGUUAAAAUUUGAUACAAAAUUAUUGUUCUUGAUUCUUGACUGUAAACUGAGUAUAUGAUACAAAUUUUAAGAACAAAUUUGUUGUUGAAGUUGUGAACUCAUUGCUGCAAAAAGCGAUAGCAGAAAAAUGGCUGACAGUGUUGUUUCUUUGCUCCUGGAGACUCUGAACCAGCUGCUAGACCAAGAUGCUGAUCUGCUUCUUGAAGUGGAGGAUGAGCUAAGAUCAUUCCAUGCGGAGCUUGGAUUGGCAAGUGGCUUUAUUAGAAACUCUGUGGGUCAAGGGAAUGCAGGAGAGGUGGAAGUAAUGGCAAAGCGAAUCAGCGAGGUUGCUAAUGGGGUUGAGGAUGACAUCGACAAGUUGGCGGUCAGGAUCGCAAAGCAAAGGAUGAGAAGCGAGUUCAGGAAGUGCAUUUAUGGCUUUGACCACAGGAACAAGCUUGGAGAUGUCUCAAAAAUUAUUAACAGCAGCAAGAAGGAGGUCAAACAGAUAUACAGUGAAAGAGGAAGCAGCGCCCAAGCUAGCAGCAAUUCAUUUUUAACAAUUGACAGGAAGAUCGAGGAAGUUGAUCUCCCAUGCUUUCCUGAAAAAAUGGAUAUCUUGUUGAAGCAGCUAUUAAACGAGGAGCAGGGUCGUGAGGUUAUUUCAAUUGUUGGAGAUGCUGGCAUCGGUAAGACUUUCCUUGCCAAGAAAAUCUACAACAACAUUUCUGUUCAGGGACAAUUCAAAUACCGUGCUUGGGUCCACGCAUCUCGGUAUUGCAAAGCUGGAGAGUUGUUGCUUGGAAUUUUAGAGUCUCUUGAUCAGCCGAUCAUUACUGGAAAGAGGCAAGAUAUGACAGUGGAAAAGCUCCAAGAAAAGCUAUCCGAGUGCUUAGCAAAAAACCGGUAUCUAAUAGUCGUUGAUGAUCUACGGAAUAUGGAAGAAGGAUGGUACGAGAUCAUAAAAAAAACCUUUCAUGUUGAAACAAACGGAAGUAAAAUCUUGUUCACUCGUCGGCCUGAGCCUGAAACUUCGCUUGGAAGUGUAACCAUCCCCCAUUCCUAUUCGCUUGAGCGGCUUGAUAAGGCAGGGAAGUGGAAAGUCCUACGUGAGAGAGUGUUUCCAUCAACAAAAAAAAGUGAGAGUGCAGAAGCCAGUCACGCAGAUUUGGAAUCACUGGGAGAACAGAUGGCAGAAAAAUGCGAGGGGCUACCACUCUCGCUAGCGAUUUUAGGCCGAUUGUUGGAGAUGCAGGGGAAAAGUGUUGAAGCCUGGUCCAGAUUAGCUAAUUGUUUUGGUGUAUCCUCUGGUGAAGGAAGCAAGAAUAACAAUGAUGGUCAAGAGCAUCAUGACUCAGACAUAUUGCCUAGUUCCCCCAUGGAGGAGAAUUUGGGUUCCAAUACUCAUCACCCAGAGCACAGUAUACAUCUGCACCUGCUUCUAAGCUUUGUUUAUGAACAUUUACCCGAUCACUUGAGCCUCUGCCUACUCUAUUUUGGUAUGUUCCCAGAAGGGGCUGAAAUCCCAACAAAGCAACUGAUCCAAUUGUGGAUGGCCGAAGGAUUUAUUCGGCAAAAGGGUAGUAGAAGAAUGGAGGACAUUGGACUACAGUACUUGGAGGAGCUUAUUGGUCUCAACUUGAUCCAGGCGACUGCAAGGAGGAGUACCGAUGGUGGAGUGAAGACGUGCCAAAUCCAUGAUCUUAUCUUGAAGUUUUGCAUUUCCAAGGGUAGAGAAAUGAAGUUUCUUGAAGUCCCAGAUAAUUCAAGUGAUGCUCCUGAAAAGACUGGGGAAAAGACUCGAAGAGUAGCCAUUCAUGGUACUUUUUCUUUGCCGAAGGAUGUUUUCUCUAAACUCCACAACUGUAAAGGUGUCCGUUCUUUCCAUUUUUCUGUCCCAGGUGAUAAUGUUAGGCUUCCUACAUUUAAGUGGAAUUCACUUUAUGAAAGCUUCAAGUUGCUCAGGGUGUUGAACCUUGGGAUGGUAGAAGUCUCGGAAAUUCCCAAGGAGGUUGGAAGGCUAAUUCAUUUGAGGUACUUGAGGAUAAGAGCUCCGGGCAUCAGGCAUGUGCCUUCCUCUAUAUGCAAUCUCCUAAAUCUUCAGACACUGGACAUGAGAGAGUCUAGUUUGAGCAACUUGCCAGAUGGAAUUUGGAAGCUGCAGCAACUACGACAUCUCAACUUGUUUCAUCUCCGUAGCCUACCUGAGCAUUGGGGAACUGAUGAGAAAUCUCUUGAGAACCUCCAAACCUUGUCUUGCUUGCGUCCCCAAAAAGGAAUGAAGCACCUCAUGGUCAGGGCCAAGUUCCCUAAUAUUAACAAAUUAAAACUAGCUAGCCAAAACCCUGAUGAAACAGCUGAUUUCCUUGAAAGCCUUGACCAUCUAUACCACCUUCAAUCCCUCAAAAUUGAGUCACCUUCUAAACUUCCUGAUCCAAGUGCAUUUCCAUUGACACUCACCAAAAUAACUCUACAGGAUACAACUCUUGGGGACAGUUGCAUGAAAAGGCUAGGGAAGCUGCCUAAUCUUCGCCUACUCAAACUACGAAAAAAUUCUGUUUCUAUGAAGGAGAUUAAUUUCAAUGCAGGCGGGUUUCCUCAACUCCAAAUCCUCCAAAUGGUGGAACUGGAAAUAACUAAAUGGACACAAGGAGGAGAAGCAAUGGUGAAUCUGCGGCAUCUGGUGAUAAAAAAAUGUGUUCAAUUAACAGAUUUUCCAAAUAGCUUGUCUAGUCUGCGAAUACUAGAGGUGAUUUUGCCCACUGCAAAUCUAAGAAAGGCCCUUCAAGAUUAUAGGCGUAAGACUAAGAGUGGUCUUGAGAUGAUAAUUAACCCUCCCCUGGACAUGUAUGAUGAAUCAACAAUGAUCAAUCCUCCCCAGGACGAGUCUAAUGCAUCAACAAAGAUCAAUCCGCCCCAGGACGUGUCUGAUGCAUCAACAAUGAUCAAUCCUCCCCAAAACGUGUCUGAUGCAUCAACAACAAUCAAUCCUCCCCAGGAUGUGUCCGAUGCAUCAACAACGAUCAAUCCUCCCCAGGACGUGUCUAAUGCAUCAACUUAAUGAUGGCGUGCAUUCACAAUGCAUUUUAUAUUUACUUUCUUUUACAAUAAUGCCUAUUUAUAAGGCUCAAAUUCUCUCUCUCUCUCUCUCUCUCUCUCAUACACAGUUCGGAUCGAAAGAGUUUUCUUUAUAAGACAAGUAAUUGGGUAUUCCUUAUACAUAAAGGAAUAGAAUUUGAGCCUUAUAAAUAGGCGUUGUUGUAAAUAGUUUGAUACUUUGAGGAUCUGCCCAAAGUAUUUGUCUAGUGUAAAGAGUGGUGCGUUCGUGUUUUUGAGGUAGAAAGAUUCAUUUGUGAAUUUGUUUGUUAUGUGAGUAUGAGAGUUUGAGAGAUAUAUUGAGUGGUAUUUGAGCUCUGGGAUUGUGAGUUUGUAUUUGUGAGGUAUUUUGUUUAUACUUAUGUGUGUGAGAUUUUUGUCAGUGUUUUGGUCUGUCUGAGUUUGGUUUGUAAAUUUAGGAAAUCAAUAUAUUACUAAAAGCUGAAA